CCAAGCCACGAGUGCAGCUUGCAGGGCAGAGCAAAAGUCCUCAGUAGUGCAGGUUGGGACUUGUGUAUUGGUGGCAGUGACUGUUUUGUUUUUGUUUUGUUAUUCAGCAGAAGCUAUGUGGCCGUGCAAGUAAAGAUGCUAUCGCUGAGAACGUGCUGGUGGAGUUUGAGUCAUGAGAAGCUUGGUUUCAGUGUGGUCAGUGGUUGUAGUCUCACAUGGUUGUAAGUUAAAGUGCAGGGUUUCUCUAAAAAUAUUUUAUUCCUAGUAAAUAGAUUUCUGCCUUUCCACCAUCAUUUUCAACUACCUGUCAGAGGAAGAAUGUAACCUGGCUGCUGUUCUAUCAGGAUGGAGUCAAUUGUGUGGGAAUGUGGUUAAACAUCUGAAUACCUUAACCUGAUGCAGGUGGUAAAGCAAGAUGCCUCGUUCGUCUGUCUCAAAUGCAUCAUCUUCAGGACUGAGCUGACAAUGCUGUGCACUGAGAGUUUCCCAGUCGUGAAGAACCUAAACCAGGACUGCAAAUAACUGCUGCUGAAGCAAAAUCAGGAGGCAGGAGAAGAGUUGAAAGAGCUUUCUGGCUGGGCUCGGGAACUGGCCCCAUUCACGGCGUGGAAGGAUGGCUGUUAGCUGGAUGUUCUGCUGCUUUUGGCUCUUGGAUGUUUUGGUGGGCUGCACAAGAGGGCACAGUUUGUUUUCCUGUGAGCCCAUCAUCCUGCGGAUGUGCCAGGAUCUGCCUUACAACACCACCUUCAUGCCUAACCUUCUGAACCACUAUGACCAGCAGACAGCAGCAUUAGCAAUGGAGCCAUUUCAUCCGAUGGUGAAUUUGGAAUGUUCCAGAGAUUUUCGACCAUUUCUUUGUGCCCUCUACGCUCCCGUGUGCAUGGAGUAUGGCCGUGUCACGCUGCCGUGUCGCAGACUCUGCCAAAGAGCGUACAGCGAAUGCUCCAAACUCAUGGAGAUGUUUGGAGUCUCUUGGCCUGAGGAUAUGGAGUGUUCCAGAUUCCCGGAUUGUGAUGAACCGUAUCCUCGUCUUGUUGACCUCAGUUUGGGUGGGGAGCCCACCGAAGAGGCCCCCAUGGCGGUACAGAGGGAUUAUGGUUUUUGGUGUCCUCGAGAGUUGAAAAUAGACCCCGAUCUGGGUUACUCUUUCCUGAGGGUACGGGACUGUUCCCCUCCUUGUCCAAAUAUGUACUUCCGGCGUGAAGAGCUCUCCUUUGCUCGCUACUUCAUCGGAGUGAUCUCCAUCGUCUGCCUUUCUGCUACCUUGUUUACUUUUUUAACUUUUCUGAUCGAUGUCACAAGAUUUCGCUAUCCAGAAAGACCGAUAAUAUUUUACGCCGUCUGUUACAUGAUGGUGUCAUUAAUCUUCUUCAUUGGCUUUCUGCUUGAAGACCGAGUAGCGUGUAACGCGUCUAGUCCUGCCCAGUACAAGGCUUCCACGGUGACGCAGGGCUCUCACAACAAAGCCUGCACCAUGCUUUUCAUGGUGCUCUAUUUCUUUACCAUGGCUGGCAGUGUUUGGUGGGUCAUUCUUACCAUCACGUGGUUCUUGGCAGCCGUGCCAAAAUGGGGCAGUGAAGCGAUCGAGAAGAAAGCGUUGCUCUUCCACGCCAGCGCCUGGGGCAUUCCAGGAACUCUAACCAUCGUCCUCUUAGCAAUGAAUAAAAUUGAAGGUGACAAUAUUAGCGGCGUAUGUUUUGUUGGCCUCUAUGAUGUGGAUGCAUUAAGAUACUUUGUACUUGCACCCCUCUGCCUGUAUGUUGUUGUUGGAGUUUCCCUUCUGCUAGCUGGCAUUAUCUCUCUCAAUCGGGUUCGCAUUGAAAUCCCAUUAGAAAAAGAGAACCAAGACAAGCUAGUGAAGUUCAUGAUCCGGAUUGGCGUGUUCAGUGUUCUGUACCUCGUGCCACUGUUGGUUGUAAUUGGCUGCUAUUUCUAUGAGCAGGCUUAUCGAGGGGUGUGGGAGACGACGUGGAUUCAAGAACGCUGCAGGGAAUAUCACAUCCCGUGUCCUUACCAGGUCACUCAGAUGAGUCGUCCGGAUCUGAUCCUCUUUCUGAUGAAAUAUCUCAUGGCUUUGGUGGUUGGGAUACCCUCUGUCUUCUGGGUUGGAAGCAAAAAGACCUGUUUUGAGUGGGCCAGCUUUUUCCACGGACGCAGGAAAAAAGAAGUUGUCAACGAGAGCCGCCAGGUGCUGCAGGAGCCAGAUUUCGCUCAGUCUCUCCUGCGGGACCCCAACACCCCCAUCAUCCGCAAGUCCAGGGGCACCUCCACCCAGGGCACCUCCACCCACGCCUCCUCCACCCAGCUGGCCAUGCUGGACGAGCAGAGGAGCAAGGCGGGCAGCGUGCACAGCAAAGUGAGCAGCUACCACGGCAGCCUGCACCGCUCACGCGACGGCCGCUACACGCCCUGCAGCUACAGAGGCAUAGAGGAAAGGCUCCCUCACGGCAGCAUGUCCCGGCUCACCGACCACUCCCGGCACAGCAGCUCCCAUCGGCUCAACGAGCAAUCGCGCCACAGCAGCGUCAGGGACCUGAGCAGCAACCCCCUGACGCACAUCACGCACGGCACCAGCAUGAACCGCGUCAUCGAGGAGGACGGCACCAGCGCUUGAGCCUGGCGGCGCCGCUCGGCGUUACGGCGCCUCUGGGCAGCCGCUGCUUUUGUGCGUCGGGAGGCCGAGGCCGGCUUCUCUGUUGUGUAGCCGCCGUUCUCACGCCUGCGUCAGAGCCGGCCUUCGGCAGGCUUCAGUCACUGAGCACCCGGCUGCCUGCCUCGUUAGGGCCUCUCUGUAGGUAAUUAUUUAUUUGAUAACUGUUAUUUACCCAUCAGCCAUCGUUGCUGGACUCCUUGUUCUUGAAGAAAAACCUUCCCCUCCCUCCGACGUGUCGUCACAUCAGCAGGUGCCACCACGGUCAGUCACACCCACAUGUUCUCUAAUGGGCCUAAGGGAAUUCUUGGAUAUUGAAGGAAUUCCUCCACAUCUCUGAUAGCAGAGCGAUUCUUGUCUCACAGAGGGAGGGGCCCGGACUCAGUGCUGUGCAAAGACAGUGGCAGCGUUUGUAACAGAUAACACUGGAAAUGCAACAGGAGCAGCGUUUGGGAGGAGAGAGGAGAUGGCUGAGGAUCGCCAGCUCCUCCCAGGGCUGCUCAGGCUCAGCUGCGGGGAUGGGUGGAGGGAGGGGGAGGAAGGAGGCAAGGAAGGGCGCUUUUUGUAUAACUUGCAUUGUCCUUGCUUUUUUUACAAGAUACUAUUUAAAUUUUCUACUUGUUUACAAUUUAUGUAGGAAGAGAGGAAUUUUAAAACCAGUUAUCUAGAUAAUAUUCAGCCACUUAUUUUUAGAUUACUGUCCAAAAGCUGAGAUCGCCCGUUCCCAAUCUAUUUAGAAACGGAAAGAGCUAAAUUUGUCGCCACACCGGGCUGGGCAGCCUGUCACCAACAGAACAAACCAACGCUGGGGCUGAAACGGCUGCGAGGAGCU